UACGCCUCCAAGUAUGCAAUCGCACAGCAUCUCCAUGUAGUUCGUCAGAUGUCCAAAAUAUAUUUACAGUAGAAAACUUGUAAUGUAAUUUGGACACCACCUAUUUUAAGCGUUCUAGAUGAAUGUUAAGAGAUUGGCUACCUAAUGUUUCUUUAUUGAACAUUUUUCAUUGCAAUCAGGCAUUUAAAUAUCUUACAAUUAUUAAUCCAACGAUUUUGAGGCGAAUAUUGUAUGUGACUGCGAAGUGUAUGUCGUCUUGCAUACCUGUGCAUUUGAGGGGUUUUAGUGAAAUAAUUUACAUUUUCGAUAAUUUUGAAGUGAAUUCUUAAUUGCUAAGCGUAUUUUCACCGUAAGUCAUCAGAAUAGGGUCUACUUGAUCCAAUAAUCGAUAUUGAGAAGUAUCUACUUUUAUAGGCUCUCCGGAACAAGACAUACAACGCCGUGCCUGUCCAAAUUACAUACAUGUCCAAAUUAUAUUUUUUACCCUAUUCUCUCUCAUUAUGCCUUCGAUCGUCACCAUUACAAGUAGGUAAAUCCUAAAAUGACCUUGAAACGUUACGCGAUUAAUGGCGCCACGACCGUGAUCAAGACUGUGAUACUUUCACGAUGCUCUGGCUGAAUCAACUUGACACUCACGUGAAUUCAUCUACCUAACGAAACAACCCCCUCGCCCAUGCGGUUUAAAAAUACAUCCGCACUGUUGAUCGAGCGACUUAAAUGUGAAAUGCUGACUGAGGGAGGUUAAUUUUUGCUAAAAAUAUGAAAAUACAGACAACAAGGAUCAGCUGUGUAGUACGAUGCCACCCAUCGACUCCCCUCCCUCUCCUAGCCUACUAUUUUACUGUGUGUCUAGUGGUUUGCUUUGUUCUUGAACUAGAUCGAAGACACCGCGGGUGACUGUGAUGAUGAACGCACGCGCGCACAUUUUACGACCACAUGUUGAAGAACCACCCUGCGCGCACAGAUCGUGUGCCAACGAAAGUUUUACAGCGAUCUGCUCGUAAACCAAGUAGGCAUAGUUUUGGUUGUGGUUCACCUGGUUGUGACUGUUUGCGGGCCACAAUUCGCGCCAGCCAUGAACGGUAAAGUGCUGCACUGGAGCUACCGCGAUUUCCGGCAAAUGCCCGAAGAGCUACGCGCCUGCUGCGAUCAGGUUGAAGAGGUGUACCUGAAGGAGAACUUCAUCCCAUCGGUUCCGGCGUGGUUCUGUGAGGAAAUGAGCGGCUUGAAGUUCGUUUGCUUGGCGGGUAACCUGAUAGUGGAUGUACCGGAGCAGAUAUCGCUGUUGAAACAUUUGGAGUCGCUGAACUUGUCGCAGAACUUGAUUGAAGCUCUACCGAAAAGUAUCGGAAAGUUACGUAAUAUGUGUAGCUUGAAAUUGAGUGAAAACAAACUGACUCGAUUGCCAAAAGAGAUAGGCGCAUUGGAGAACUUGGAGAUUCUAGAGGUGUCCAAAAACAGAUUUAGUGAGCUGCCUGUGGAGCUGUCCAAUUGUCACAAAUUGAAAGAACUGAUACUAGACGACAACUAUUUGCUGUGUCGAAUUCCAACAAAGUUGUUUACGAUUCCGCAGUUGACAUAUGUGUCUGCAGAAAGAUGUAAUCUGGUGUUGCUACCGUUCGUUGUAAACACGACUACUCUGGAACACGUGAGAGUGUUCAACAACUACACCCUGACGCACUAUCCGAUUGCCCUGGAGAAGUUCAUGCAACCAAGUUACGAAUCAUUUACUGCCGUUGAACCGAAAAGAAUUCCGAAGAAUUGCUUUUAUCAACGCGUAAGCUGUGAUGCGAUAGCUCAAAACCUAAUUUUCCCCAUCGAGUUAACAACGAUUCUUGAUCGUCGAAAUGCUACGAAUGCUCCCAGUUCUCUGGUGGAAAUGUGCUUGCGAAGCUGUAACUGCUGUAAUAAUAAUGCGGUAUGGUCAGAUAGCUGGCUACCAGAUAACUUAAGUAGAAGACUUCGCAACGGUCCAGUGGCGCUUUGCGGUAGUAUUCCUUGCUCUAAAGAAGUAUUCAGUGAAUGUUUUCUGGGACUGGUCAAAAGACGGAAACAAAGUCGUUUGGUCGUAUUGAGUGUACUCUUCUGUUCCAAAUUGUGUGCUGAUUUGUGGUUUCGCUAUAACUGCGACAUCUACGAAGAACUUAACUGGGUGCUGGUUUAGAUUCGAGACUGAAAUAAAUG